GAAGCCACAGGUGAUUGGUCAGCGGAGUUCCCCCUCUUCUCCUUUUCAACAUCGCGGUGUCCAUCUGGGUCUCGGGUCCGACUCUGGUGACUGUCGUGUGGCGCACUUGUCCAACUUUAUCCGGUGUGAAAAGACGCAGGCUUACCGGAGGGAGUUACCGGCGCCGCCUCAAGCUCGUCCCGGUGGACUUUUUUGUUACACGAGACGAAAAACGACCGGAUCGAAAACUUUUUUUUCCACCUCAGCAGACAGUUUGGGAAAGAAAAGGCAAAAGAAAAAUGGCAGACAGCGAGGAGCAGCACGUCUCUUCCAGCUCUGAAGCGCUGUUCAGCGACGUGGUGCACCACUACCAGGCCGAGCCGGAACCGGAGCAGCACCGGCCCGAUAAGGACCUCUUCAGCAUGGAUGAUAUCGUGGACCUGGUUGGCGGGGCUCAGGACGCCCUGGAGCGGCACAUAGCAGAGGAUGAGUUCACAGAAACCCCCUAUUCUCCCCCAGAAGAGCCGGUUAUGUUCCAGGAGCCUGUCCGCGUAACUGAGCCGGAACCGGUGUCAGAGGUGAAGCGACCUGAACCAGAGCGUGAGGUGGAGACGAUAUUCCCAGACUCCACCAGUUCCUCUAUUGUUCCUCCCACGCCUUUAAUUUCCUUUGAGCCUGAAGUUGUCGCACCCAAAGCAGAACCAGAGAGCGCAAAGAUCGUACCGGAGCCAGAACCAGCCCCGGAGAGCGACGCCCUCCCCGCUGCGGAGCCCCGGAGUGCAGCGCCAUCCCCCGCAGAGGCAGCACAGCAACCUGCGGUGACGGAGGAAGCACCGGCUCCGGCAUCAUAUGUACCUUCUCCUUCUAAAGCUCAGCCUCAUCCUCUGAUGCAAUUCCCUACAGCAUUUGGGCAGAAGGGUGAUUCCCCUGCUCCCAUCUCUCCUCUCUCCCCUCUUCACUCCCCCGACUCUCUGGAGGAGCUCUCUCUGACCGAGAGUCCCAACCAGCCCCCUUCUUCAGGAUCUGCUGGACCCCUGGGCUCCUUCUCUACUGAACCCCCCACUACUCACUCCAAGGACAUGCCUUGGGAGGGUGAAGAGGGUGACUCUGGACCAGGCCGUAGUAAGAAUAAGGAGGAUCUUCUAGAUCCAUUAGCUGGUCCUUACCUGAGUUUAGGGAAAGACCCAGGGCCUCAUAAUCCGUGUGAAGACAGCGGAGUUUCCUUUUCACCUGAGGAGAAGCUGGUUAGCUCAGACAGGUCCUCCACUGGCCCCUCCCCUGUGACCCCCCAGAUGAUGGUCCCUGAGUCUCACCUUGCCUCCUCUAACCCAACAGAGCACUGGGAUUCAACAUUCCUAUCAUCUCAAGACAACUCCAAGGUCUCCAUGGAUUCCUUCUCCAAGGACACAGCCCCCAUUAGCUCCUCCAGGUACGAGCCAGACCUGCACGGCAACCAGUCUGAUGAAGAUGAUGACUUGAUGUACGAGGUGAAGAAGAAUAGUAACCCAUUUGAGGGUUAUUCCCCACUGGCGGACAGCGGCUACUCCCAUUUUGGAGACUCCAAGUCCGACAGCAGUGCCACUAAAAUGUCUGAGAGUCCAACUCCGGAUCUGGUCCAAUACGGGCAGUCUGGAGAAUCCCAGGACAGUCCUCCAUCUUUCUUAGAUGACGAGAAAACAUUUGAGACAGGCAAGAUGGCCACUGACACGCUUAUGCAGUCAGUGAGUCAAUUCUCAUCUGGUCUUAAAGACGAUGAUGAAGAGGAAGAGGAGGAUUCUGCUCUGCCGCCAUCACUUCCAGACAUCCUGAAGUCUUCCCCGCUCAACCCUGAGAAAAUCGACUCUGGCUCAUCUGAGGGAAGCCCGGAGGAGCAGAGCCCCAUUCUUGAGCGGAGGAUGAUGGAGUCGCCCAACCCUCCAAUUAAUCUGUCGGCUAACAACCCGUUUGCUUUUGAUGCUAAAGUGUCCCUGCUGAAGGAGAUGGCCGAGGAGAUGGAGGUGAAAGCGUCCGACAAAGGAAAAGUUGAAGAUGACAAAAGCUUUGGUGCAUUUGAUCUUGUCAAAGAGGCAGAAGAAACCACUCCAACUAAGGUCAAAGAAGAGGAACCUGUCAAGAUCGAGCAGAAAGAUUGGUUUUCAAGCCACGAUUCUCCCAAAAUGACCGAAAAGUUUGAGCCACUUGACUUCCAGAGCAAAAAGACCCCCGCUGAGGAUUCAGAUUCUGAGUCACCAACAGCAGACUCACUGUCUCCAGUCCUGGAAGCUAUGGCUAAGAACCCUGCCAGCUUCCAGGUGGAAACAGAGAAGACCGACCUGAAGAUGGAGGUGGAGGAGCCAGAGGUGGCUGAGGAGAUCUCCGAGCAUGAAGUCUCAUCUGAGGAGUUCGAGUUCAUUGAGAGACCUCCCAGGGGUGUUAUCGAUGAGUUUCUCGAGGCUCUUGAUACCUCCAAGUUUGCCUCCUCCAAGGUCCCAGAGCUCUCCAUGGAUGAUGAUCUAAGCUUCGAGCAGAAGGAUGUGGCUCCAGUUUCUCCCACAAAAGUCUCCCCACCCCCUGAAGUUGAAGAAGAAGCUGCAAGUCAGAGCUCCUACCGCCUCCUCACCCAGGCCUCCCCUCAGAAGAGCAAGGCAGAGCUGGAGAAGCUCGACAUUCAACAGCCCCCACCCCAAGUAUCCCCGCUCGUCCAUUCCCCUGUCCGCAAACCAGAAGAGGCGGUCGCUAAGAAGAGUGUGGAGGGUGGAAAAGUGUUUAAGAUGCCAAACGUGAACAUAAAAGCAGUGGUGGAUCUCCUCUACUGGCGUGAUGUGAAGACCACAGGAGUGGUGUUCGGCGCCAUCCUGCUGCUGCUCCUCUCCCUCACGGUGUGCAGCAUCGUGAGCGUCUGCUCCUACAUUGGCCUGGCUCUGCUGUCAGUCACCAUCUGCUUCAGGAUAUACAAAGGCAUCCUGCAGGCCAUCCAGAAGUCAGAUGAGGGACACCCAUUCAAGCAGUACCUGGACCAGGAGGUGGCGCUGUCCGAGGACAUGGUCCACAAGUACAGCGACAUGGUUCUGGCCAGACUCAACAAGAGCAUCGGUGAACUGAGGCGCCUGUUCCUGGUCGAGGACCUGGUCGACUCCAUCAAGUUUGCUGUGUUUAUGUGGAUCCUGACCUACGUCGGUGCCUUGUUCAACGGGCUCACCAUCGUGAUUCUGGCUGUGGUUGGAGUGUUCAGCGUCCCGAUCGUCUAUGAGAAACACCAGGAUAAGAUCGACCACUACUUGGCUCUGGUCAACAACCAGUUCAAAGACGUUGUUGGAAAGAUCCAGGCAAAGGUUCCCGGGAUGAAACGCAAGGCAGAGUGAAGUGACGACACGUCAGAGUUUGGAUUCAGGAAGUCCUGAGAGGAAGAUGGUUGGAUUGGGAGGAAGGGGUGCAUGGGUGGGGGAGGGGGGGAGGGUUUGAUAUGAAGGCAGGCUGGAGGAGGAGAGGAGGGGUCUGGCGUGGACGCAGCCCUUCUAACUUUAUUUGUCAAAAUAAUAAAAACACUUUUUUUCCAGUUCAGAAUUCCUUUUUUUCCUUUUUUUUUUUUUUUUUUUUGGUGUGUUUUCUGGAAAAGUGGAAGCAGGUCGGAGUUCAGCACCGAGCUUCACGACACCGAGGUCGUUCUGAUGAUUUACGUCUCCCCAACUUCUGUUUUUUUUUUUUAAUCAAGUUUUGAAAUGUUUGUUUCUGUGAAAUGUUGAAUCUCACAGAAACACAUUUCGAAUGAACGCUCCCUCUCCACACCCUCCUUCAGGGUGUUUUUUUCUCCUCUUUUUUUUUUUUUUUUUGGUCAUUUAGAUUUUUUCCGGCAGUCGAGCCGAGCGGAGAGAUUUUUUUGUUUCUUCGUCUUGUUGCUGCUGUUUUUGAGAAAGACGAGCGAGCCGCAAACAGCACCUCAUUUGUAUUUUUCUUUUCUUUUCUUUUCUUUUUUUUUUGGUAUUACUGAGUUAGAAGUAUUUUGUGAUUUUACUGUUUUACUGAAAUACCGUCGUGUCCCUCAAGCUUCGAGCUCGUUUCCUCGGUAACCUGCUGCGUGGUUUCGCCUCGAUGCAACGAAUGACGGAUUUGUGAACGACGUCUUUGACUCCUGAUGAGGCGGCGGCGGCGGUGGGAGGGUGUGGGAGGGGAGGGAAGGGGGGGUUGUUCUACCAUUUAAAAACUUCAUCGCUUCUGAGUAACUCUAGCUAGAAACAUCUAGAAAACCUUUGCCAGACAAAUAAAACACAUUAAUUACAUACAAGUCGUUAUUUCCAUGUCAUUGCAGCUGUCUAGUGAUGAAAAACUCUGGAAGGAAACACGUUUACAUUCAUCCACAUCAGAUAAAACAUUAAAAAAAUGUAAAAAAGAAAAAAAAUGAAAUGGGAUUUAAAGAAAAAAAUAACCAUACUGUCUGUGGAGCUGAUAUCUUAAUAAAGUUGCAACUUGAUGUGACUUUGGGAAACCUUCAAGCAUUUGUUUGUUAUGCAAGUAUAAUUGUGAAUGAUAAACUUCAUACUUCAAUUGUGACGAUAAAAAGCUUCCAGCUGGGAGCCGUGUUUGUGGAAUGCAUUGUGAGAUGUAAACAAUUAUCAAUAAAGCUUCUAGACGAAGAAA